UGAACGCCGUCAGAAAGCCAAGCAGCCUUGAGAGUGAGAAGUCCUGACACUCUGGGCGUACCGGUCCUGCAGGCUUGUCUCAUUUCUAGCUCGAUGACAAAGACUACGGAAAAAUGGAUUAUCGACACACUUUUGCGUCCAACGACCUUGAGGUGCUUCGGAGCUCUCUUGGACUUCCAGCAGAGUCUCUAGCAAAGCCUUCUCGAUGUGGCAGUGUUCGCAGUCGCAAUGUCGUAUUCGGUCUCGAUCGAUUUUGAGGGUCUGUCAAGCAUCAUGGAUGCCACGACGACUUCUCAAGGUCAGGUUGGAAUUGCAAUCUUCGACACGCGGGAUCUCACCCCUUCUUUGUCUUCCUCUUCUUCCGUUGGAAGCAUGAUCACCACCCACAACUUUGUCACGGGCUCAUCUCAUUACUGUGCCUCUGCCACCAAGAGGUUUCUGUUUGGCGAGACAAUCACGAUAUCCCAGCAAGAAAUGUUUCAGAAACUGGAGUCCGUAAUCCCCCUCACGAGAAACAUUAUUCUUGUGGGACAUGACAUUUGGAACGAUUUGAAAGUAUUACGAUACCUGAAGUUUGAUACACGGACAUCGAUCUUGGGCAUUCUCGAUACCCAGCAGAUCGCCCGUGAAGUUCCUUCAACAGCUGCCAGCUCCGGUAGGCUUCGCAACAUCUUGACAGAGCUUCGUUGCCCAUUUGAUGAACUUCACUCAGCUGGAAACGAUGCCAACUUCACACUACGAGCCUUGUUGUUAUUGGCAGUCCAGUGCUAUGCUAGUGAGACACUCUGUCAGGAAGAUCAACGGACGCUAGAAUUGAUCAGGGAAGUCGCACAAUACCCCAUACCAAACAGGCGGGAUUUGAAAGAAGCCAGGGCACUUAAGAAGAAGAUGAAAAGGCUUGAAAAGUCUCGGAAGCACCAGGCGAAGUCAUGGGACACUGAGACGAAGGAAAGUAUAAGAGCAGAACGAGCAGCCAGGAGGAUCACGCGAGAGGAUGGCGACCUGCAACUCCUUUGACUUCGGCCUCAAACAUUUUAGACAUAACCAAAUGCAGAAACUCUCGUCUUGAUAGAGUGUCGUAACAUAAGGACUUCGUUCAGGGAUCCUGUUAAAUUCGAUACAUUCACAAUCCUCAAUCGGCUUCCCAUGUGGUUCAGGUCAACCUCGCCU